AUGACAUUUCAUGGCUACCAACGGGUCGAUUCGGACCCAAACUUCAGCGACAAUCAGAGAACUGCAUUGUUGAACGAAAAUGAUGACUUCGGUAAGGACAGAAAUUUUGUUGUUGACUGGGGAAGAACAUUGAGGGGGUGUUUAGCGUCGACUUGUCACGCUGGGAUAGACGAUGAAAGCAGUUUUGAUGAGAUUGAACGGCAGGAGUUGCGGGAUCAUCUCGGCGAAAUUCCCGGAGACAUUUCAUCGACGUCAACGACGUUGAAAGCUCUACCAGACUGCUUUGCAAAAUCGAAAGAGGCGCUCUUCGGACCGUCCGUUACUCGCGGUGGCUAUGCCGACGCCUACGAAAGUAGUCAGCUUCUCGACUCUUGUCAUGACAAGGUUCACGAUGACACUGACCAGAGCGAUGACUCGAAAGAGGAAGAAGAAGAGGAAGAGGAACAGGGUGGAGCAAAAAAGGUUGGAUUAAUCACAUUACAAUACUUUUGA